UAAACCGUAUUGCUAAAAUGAUUAAAGUAUAAUAUAAUCCUAUAAUCAAUGGAAUGACAUCAUAUGUUCAUUUGAGUGAGGGUGCUUUUCAGAAGUCCAAUUUUGUACAGUAAUCCAAAAAGAAUAAUUGUCCUAAAUGAAAUAUUUUUUAUCAACAUUACAUCUGCAUUUUAAAACCUCAUUCCAUUGGUAAAUAUGAGACAUUUGGUUCUAAUUCAAAAAGACAGAGAUGUUUGUGGAACUGUUAGAAUGAAAAACUCGGAUGGGUUACAGUUGUACAGAAUACGAGCGCCCUUAAACGCAGCAGUGCCGGGCCGCCCCGCCCUCUUCCUCGGCCUGAAAGCGAUUCACGCUGAUGACGUCACUCGCAGAGUUGUCAUGGCGUCUUUGGGACCGAAGGUGCUGCUGCUGCAAUUUAGCUAAAAAACAAUCUGUCGACAGUGCGUGAACCGACAUGGAGAAAAAUGCAAACCUGCACCGAGACGCCGACGGGAGCUCCGUGUGCGCCACGAUCGCGCCGGAGAUGGGCGACGUCUCGGUCGGCGGCGGAGUGAAAGGAGCCGCCGAGAAAUGCAGGACUAGUGAGGCUCCCCUCGGUACUUUGGUGGACGCCAGUUGUAGUGACAGCACCGCGGACGUUGCUGCUCCCGGCGCCGCUCCUGUCACGUCCAGCGCCGGGAAGUCUGACGUGUCGGAGCCGGUCCAAGUCCUCCCCGCGCAGGAGGGUGCGAAACCCGAGGGGAGCGGAUCGUGGUGCGGGGAUCGGAUCAGUAACGGGAUGGGGCAUGACUCGGUGCUGCUGGCCUCAGGAGAUAUGGAGGGUGGUGCCUCAAAGUUAGUAAACAACACAACCGACGGGCCGUCCUCGCCUCCCGCAAAGGAGAGCGCGGGUUCGGCUUGUGCGGGAAGUGAAGCGACUAAACUUGCCAAGCCGACGCUUCUGUGUCCGGACGACGCGAUCACAGCGGACUGUAAGUCCGGCGAUCGCACCUUAUCCGAGGGAUUGCCGAGUGGGAGUGACCGCGAUGCCAGCCUCGGCGGAGAGUCCCGAAGCAUCGAUUCACUCGAGUCCUUCUCCAACCUCAACUCGUGCCCCAGCUCGGACCUGAACAGCGAGGGGCUGGAGGACCGGGGGCUGGCCCUGGCCCUGCAGAGCGAGUUCGGGGCCGAGGGGACCAAGACCGCCUGCAGUAAGGACCGGGCCGCCGGACAGUCCAUAUACCACAUUAAGUGGAUCAAGUGGAGGGAGGAGAACACUCCCAUCAUCACCCAGAACGAGAACGGCCCGUGUCCAUUACUGGCAAUUAUGAAUGUCCUCCUGCUCGCAUGGAAGGUUAAGAUGCCACCCAUGAUGGAGAUUAUAACCGCAGAGCAACUGAUGGAGUAUCUAGGAGACUACAUUCUUGAAACCAAGCCUAAAGAGAUAUCAGAGGCUCAGCGGCUAAACUAUGAGCAGAACAUGAGUGAUGCCAUGGCUGUGUUGCACAAGCUGCAGACCGGUCUGGAUGUGAAUGUGAAGUUCACGGGGGUGCGAGUCUUCGAGUACACCCCAGAAUGCAUUGUGUUUGAUCUGCUGGACAUCCCCCUUUACCACGGCUGGCUGGUUGACCCCCAGAUGCAUGACAUUGUCAAGGCAGUGGGCAACUGCAGCUACAACCAGCUGGUGGAGAAGAUAAUAUCCUGCAAACAGUCUGACAACAGCGAGCUGGCAGGUGAAGGCAUCGUAGCAGAGCAGUUCCUGAGCAGCACAGCCACUCAGCUGACGUACCACGGCCUAUGUGAGCUCACAUCCACUGUACAGGAGGGAGAGCUCUGCGUCUUUUUCAGGAACAACCACUUCAGCACCAUGAUCAAAUACAAGGGCCAGCUGUACCUCCUGGUUACAGAUCAAGGUUUCCUGACAGAGGAGAAGGUCGUCUGGGAGAGUCUGCACAAUGUCGACGGAGAUGGCAACUUCUGUGACUCCGAGUUCCGGUUGCGGCCGCCCUCCGACCCAGAGACGGUGUACCGCGGCCAGCAAGAUCAGAUAGACCAGGAUUAUCUAAUGGCGCUGUCACUGCAGCAGGAGCAGCAAAGCCAGGACCUACAGUGGGAGCAGCUCCCUGAGGGCAUCAGUGACCUCGAGCUGGCGAAGAAGCUUCAGGAGGAAGAAGACCGACGAGCCUCCCAGUACUACCAGGAGCAGGAGCAGGAGCAGGCGGCGGCAGCGGCACAGGGCCAGCAGGAGGCUGCGGAGGGAGACGAGGCGGACAGAGGAGGUGCAGGGGCAGGUGGUUCGGCAGCCGGUGCCGGGACGGCAGCAGCGGCCGGAGCCACGCCCAGUCCGGGAAAGCAGUCCUCAAGUGGGGAGCGCAAAACCAAGAAAGAAGCGAAGGAUAAAGACAAAUGUGUUAUUUUGUAACAUACAGCGUGUCUGUGUGAGUGUGUGUUUUGUGCAUUUGCUAAUCUGUGAGGAAAGGGACAGCAUUUGUUUCUCCGUGGACUGGACACACAACUCGGAGCCCCACUGGAUGACAAACAAGGGAAGGAGACAAUUUAGGAGAGACUAAGAGGAUUCGCUGUUCCCAAACCACUGGUGCCUGCUAUCCUCUAAACCUAGACAUCAGAGGAAGGGACACGACAACAACAACUACCCCUUAUCUUUCAUAGAGUCGGCCAAACUUUGUUACAAGUUGCACAGUGCACUAUAUUUGUGAUGUGGGGUCAAAUUUAUCUGGGUUGGUAUAUUUUAUAGCAAAAAUAUAUAAUCUAAAGAAACACAAUGUUAUGCUUUCACCAUAAUCUUUUCCAAAAAAAAUCCAUCAUUCAUGUCACUAAUUUUUCAUUUUUGCAGCUUAUAAGCUUUUUUUUUGUACUUAUCAAUAUUUACAAAACGUUUUGUAGACGAAACCACAUGUUUUAGUUUUUUGUAAGUUUACUCUCGAUGCCAAGAUUCACAUUUUAUUUAUGUCUCUGUAACACAAAGCUUUUGGGAGCAUUUUUUUUUUUUUUUUUUUUUUUUUUUGUCUUUGAGCUGAAAGGGAUUUUUUUUGUUGAUAAUAUUGCCUGUUGGAAAUAACGGUGACACUGUUUGUGCCCCCUCUGAAACACUAUGGAAACCCUCAAUACCAGAUAGCUGCCAGAUACUGUAGCUUCACGACAAUACUCAUCACAGCUUGCCCUGUUCAGAUUUGCCUUAACAGAGAGUGGCAGUGUCGUAUCCUGCUCUGUUUGAAUGUGUAUUUGUUUCCAUGUGUGUGGUUUGUACAAUACAUGUGUGCUACGUGGUAUAGCUGCGUGCGGUUUGCAUGUGUCAUUUAAUUGGAAAUAGCCAAACUCUGUGUUAGUUAAGCUGCAAAUUUGGGACAUUUGAUGUCUGUUGUGUUGUGAUACUGUGUUACACAUGCAAAAAAAAAGGUUUGGGUCAAAUUUAGUUUGAAGCUGAUGCUCCUGUGAGACACAACGAGCUGUUGGCAGAUUAGGUUUGUAUGAGAUUCCACCCAGUUUGGAGUGUGUGGUGGUUCUGAACGACCCUUUUCUUUCUCACAGUCACGCACAGUGUGUGUGCGCGCAUGUGUGUGUGUUCCUGUACUUCUAUCUUUCUGAGGACCAUUUUAAACAUAGACCCUACAGAGUGUGGACGUUUUUGGAACGUGAGGACAUUUUGACUGGUCCUCACACAUUAAGACUUGGUUUUAGUAUUGGAGUUAAAAUUGGGUUUAGAUUAGAUCAUUUAGUUUGGAUGGUAAAGUUGAAGGGAAUGUUUAAUGUCAGUGAGUGUCCUCACUAAGGUAGAAGUACAAACGUGUGUGCGGCACAAUCCUGAUCUCUUUCGUUAGGUUCCAGAUGUAGAAGUUCCACUGCAGCCAGGUUUUGCAAAGAAAUACCACAGACUUCAGUAAUUCACAUGUAAUAUUCCACUACACUAGAUUAAUAUUUAUGUACCUGGACAUGAAACUGUGAGAUAAAGACAAAGCAUUGAUUUUAACUCCAGUCACAAUGUUGGGAUAUUUUUUUAUGUUAUCGCCAAGUUAUUAUCAAAGUCCCAUUUUUUUUUUAGAAGAAAUUACCAUCAGCCCCUGUGUAAAUACAGGAGUAAAAUUAGAAAGUUCACAUAUUGAGGUGUUGAAUAUACACUCUGAAUACUGAACCUCUGUGGUAUGAGCUAGUCUUCAUUUCACUGCAAACACACGAUGUACAUAUUUACCUAAUGCGUUUCUUCAGCUAGUGGGUUGUACCAUUGUUGUUGUACCAUGGGACUGCCUCCUGAGAAACCUUUUUCUACCUAUACAUUCCAAUUGGAUGCCUUGACUCAAGCCUUCGACCACAGACUGAGGGACACGGUUGUAACAGGAGGUGUCCGCAGUGCUUGUAAAAAAAAAACGGCCUCCGUUAUUUUGGCUCGGUGAGAACAAGUUCACUGUCAGGACAGGACGAUCGCACGGAGGCAGCGGGGCUACCUACUGUGUGGGGAACCUGCAGUUUGAGUUUGAGCUUGUGUGUUCGCUUGACCCCAACAAGUCUAUGUUUUGUAUGUACAUAUAUAUAUAUAAAUAUAUAUGACGCCUUACGACAUUUCAGCAUAUUUUAUAGGACAAAAGGAAACAGGCGUAUUAGCAGAAUGAGACAAUCCAUGCAUUUUUCACACAGACAUCAGAAAUACUCUCAGGCCUUUUACUGAAGGGACAUAUAUCCUCGAGUGUCUUUUUCAAAUGGUAUUCUUUGUAAUGGCACAGUUCCUCGGCCUGUAGUCACUUUGUCCGUCACAACUCUAAGUGUCUGUGUGUGUAUGAUCAUAACUACUAUUUGACACUUUGAAGGACUUAACACUCUUAUUAUUUAAGACCCUGGUGGGUAACGUCACACUAAAAGAUAAGGUUGACUUAAAGCUGCUCCUCUUGUGUUAAGGUGGAUUAUGUAAAGAAAAAUAAACUCCUUCCUUGGACAGGGUUAAGGAACAUCGUUAACUAUGUACAUGUUUCAUUGACUCCUUAGUAGUUGUUUUUUUUCCAUGCAGCUGAGAUAUAAUCAUAAGGUGAAAGCCAGAAGGCAGCAGGGCGGCUUUGUGGCAAUAUUUUUCUUUUCCCUCUUUGUUUUUGUCUUUACCGAGUUUCACCUCAUUUACGCCUCAGCCCAUCAAGUGAACAUGCUGAUCUAUCAUUCCAGUGGAAGUUUAAGUUUAAAUGAAACCUCACUUGGGCAGUUUGAGUUCAGUUUUAUUGGUUUAUUGGUGUUUGUAAGAGUGAAAAGAACAUGGAGCCACACAUUUAUAUUAUUAUUUCAGAUUACCUGUGCUUUUGCUUGCCACCCCUAGUCAUUAUUACCAGGAUUUGACUAUUUUCUGUUGUAACGUGUUUAUUUCCCCCCUAUGACGAAUCGAUCAGAAGGAUAUUGUGUGUUCAGUGUCUCUGCGUGGUUUCUUGUAUGCCUUGUAAAAGUGAUGGUGGGGUAAAUGCUGUAAAACUAGUAUUUUGACAAGGUGGUUGUUGAACAUAUAAUCGUUGUAAUUGGUUUUGCACUGUUACAUUUAUAUGCACUAACAGAAGAGAAACAUACCUCAUUUUAUACAGAACAGAAAUUGUGCAAGAGUGCUAUUGUUCUAUUGGUACCGUUUAAAAAAAAAAA